UCUCAGGCAGGCACUCAGGACAAACACACAGUCGCACCGCUCCCCUGGACAACUUUUUGUGAGACGAAAUAAAGCGUGAUGAUGACAGAAGAAAGCAGGGGCAAGCGGAGGAAACAAGCCAACCCCAGGAGGAAUCGAGUUGAUGCUGAGCAAGUAAGUACACUGGGAUCUGAGGGGGAGGAUGAGGUGGGCCUGUGGAGCCUGGAGCCACAGGAUUGCCAGGAGAGCCUGGACAAGACGAGCCUGACGCCUAGUGAGGGCACGGAGGAGCCCGGGAGCCCUGCUCGCUCCACGCGACCUCACAGCCUCAGCCCCGGCAGCAGGAACUACUGGCCACAGGUGGAACAGGAGGCUGAGGGCGCAGACGACGCCACCACUGCAUCCGCCACUGACAGGGAGGGAGACCAAGAGCCAUUGAGGAUGUACUGUAAGAACUCAGACUCCCAGAAUGCCUUGGAGGACCUGGCCCACUAUGAAUUUCUGGCCCAGUUGAGGAAGGCCUCUACGUCAACCAGCCUCUUGGACCACCUGAACCACAAUGGCACGGCAGCGAUGUACCACACGAGCAGCAGGCACGACGAGCUGCCACCUGCCAUCUGGUCACCAGGAGCUCAGCACCGCUCACCUGAGGGAGCAGACGCAGGGAGGGCCCAGCAGGCCUGUCCAUUCUGCCACAGGAUGUAUCAGCGAGGAGCCCCUUUGAGGGACCACAUCAAGUACUGUCAGGAGAGGGAGGGGGGCCACAUGGUCUGUCCGCUCUGUGGAUACACUGCCACCCUUAGGGCACAAAUGGAGCGGCACCUGGCACUUCACAACCAAGUGCAGGACAAGGGUGUCAUGAGUUUGGAUCCUAGCAUUGAGACCAGAAAGUUCAAAUGUCUGCAGUGUGGGAAAGCGUUCAAGUACAAACACCACCUCAAAGAGCAUCUCCGCAUCCACAGCGGUGAGAAACCUUACGAGUGCUCCAACUGCAAGAAACGUUUCUCUCACUCCGGCUCCUACAGCUCCCACCUAAGCAGCAAAAAGUGCCUGAGUGGUGGAGGAAAUGGAGGAAAUGGAAACGCAGGAGGAGCCAGUGGUGCUUUUAAUGGACAUAGCCAAAGCUCCUACCACCACUCAUUUCCAACAUCUCCCUCUGCAGGCGGGGGGAGACACAAUACUGACAAGGGCUCUCCGUUGGCUUCACAAACCCAAGAUCAUACCGGGCCUCAUGGUCGCACAGCAGAGGAUCCUCAGCAGCUUUCACUGCAGGACCCGAACCACAACCCAACAGGCUUCCCCAGAGCGUCCGACCUGGCUCGGCUCUGGGACCCCUCAGCAGAGCUCUCGCUGAGGGCCAGUAUACUGAAAGGGACCACCCUGCUGCCUUAUCUGCACUCUGGGACCAAGUUUGAACAGAUGCUGCAGGAGAUGCUUCACAGGGAGGUGAAGAAAGAUGAGGAGAUGGACAGAGGAGGAGCUGCAAUGGAGGAAAGGAGGGUGAUUUACAACGGAGGAGGCCCUGACAGGAAGGUGUCGCCUGACAGGAGAAGAGAGGCGGUGAGGUCAGGUGAAGGGGAGAGAGGUGUGCUUGGGGUGACGUGUCGCUGGUGCUCCCAGCUUUUCCCCAACGUGGCAGUGCUCCUGCAGCAUGAACGCUACCUCUGUAAGAUGAACCGAGAGGUGGUGGAGGUGCCCGAGGGUCUUCGCAGCAAAGACCACCACUCACCAUCUUUAUUCUUCCCCAGAUCUGCUCUCCAACCAGAGAACAGCAAACCGAGUGAAUUAACCAACGGCCUGUCUGGAAACAAAUCACCACUGCAAAAGCCCAGCUGGCACUCUGUUCCGCAGCAGCUUUUGGUGGCAAUGCACUCUCCCCCACAGCCCCACCAUGACGCCCUGUCCUCACGAGCCUUCUGGUCCAGCCAGGAAAAGGGAAGCCCAAGCCAACCAGUCAACCACUCCCCAGAGCUGUCAUCACCUCGAGUCAGACGAAGGGUUCCCUCUUCAGGGUUUGGUUCUCCAGUCUGCCUCGACCUCACCAGCUGUCCUCCUGAACUGUCCUCCCCUCAGAAACAGACCGGAAACCCCUGGUCUGCACAGAACGAACCUCUGGACCUCUCUCUGCCCAAGCAGCUCUCAGACCAAGAGGGGAGGAACAAAACUGUCAACGGCAACUCAGCUAGAGGAGAGAGGACCCAGCAGCUCAGCAGACCAAGUCCAACUUCACAUCUGCCCCUUCACCACCACCCAGUCUACAGCGGGGCCGGAGCUCCGAUGUUUCCAGGGUCCUUAUAUAAUGGAUUUCCUAUCUUCAACCAGUCUGGUUUAGGGCUUUCAGGACAUGACGGCAUUGCGGGGAUUCCAUUCGGCCAGCCAGCUAACGGCCCAGGGUUUCUCUCUCCUAUGGCUUACAUGAUGGAUGCAGAUGCAGAGGCGACACUGAAAAAGAUUCACCAGGAGAGACAAGCUCUCAUGGGUGAAGUGUUAAGCCGUGGAGCUCUGGACUACCUCUCUCUCAUGGAUGAAGGACUGGAGGGAGACGGAGGACCAGGGAGGAAAAGACUGAAGAAGACAGACGAGGGGCUUUACGCUUGUGACAUUUGUGAAAAAACCUUUCAGAAGAGCAGCUCUCUGCUUCGACACAAAUACGAGCACACAGGUAAGCGUCCUCAUGAAUGCAAGAUCUGCAACAAGGCCUUCAAGCAUAAGCACCACCUGAUUGAGCACAGCCGGCUGCACUCUGGAGAGAAACCCUACCAAUGUGACAAGUGCGGCAAGCGCUUCUCUCACUCCGGCUCGUACUCCCAGCACAUGAACCACCGCUACGCCUACUGCAGCAAAGACCAGGAUCCAGACCAAGACCAGGAGGAGAUGCCUCUCACCCCAGGGGUUGGCAGCAAUCUCGGGGGCCGCCUCGCCGACGAGACCCCUCUGUCCAUGGAGGAUACCCAAACUGCGCACUCCUUUCUCAGCGAUUCCAGUCUGGAUGGAGCUGCAGAGGCCCUCAAGGAGGAGGAGGAGGAAGAGGAGGAGGAUAAAGAGGCAGGAGUUAGUGAUGGUCAUAUGGAAGAGGCACAUGCGAGUUUGUCAGGAGCAGCAGAGGAGCUGAGAGGCAACCCCAUCCGAGGACCUACAGGAGAGAACGGAGUGCAGGAUGAGAGAAAUGGUUAUGAUGUGGGAAACCAUAUUGACAGUGCAGAGAGACAGUUCUGGGGCCGAGACACCGAGGACCAGAAUGGAGACUUGGACAAAUGUGAACUGAGCCUGGAAAUAACAGAUUUACCCAGAAUAAAAACUUAAGGUGAUUUUAAUAAGCCAAUACAAUGCAUAUACUAUAUAUAUAUUAAGACUUUUGACACACUUUUCUCCCAUAUAUAUGUAUAUAUAAAUUACAGCUCCACUGAUUUUUUAUUUUUUUUUACUUGAUGUUACAACAUGAAAAAAUGCACAAACCUGCCAAAGCAUAGGUGGCCUUAAAGUGGAUGAAGCCAUACAAACAAAAUAUAUGUGACAAUACAAAUUACAGUAUUUUAUCAUGCUAAAUAGACUUGAUAUAGCGACAAUGCCUUUCCUUGUUUUUUGUUUGUUUGUUUUUUUAUUUGCCAGGACAGCUAAAAAGCAUUCAGGUUAAUUCAUCUGAGAUCAUGUCACAUCCAGAUGUGACAUUGAAGACAUCUCACGUUUUACACGCUUGCUGCUGCUGACUGUUGCACAACCCAUAAAGAAGAGGCCUUUUGUAUUUUUAUGUCCAGUUUACUAUGUUUUUACUUUGUUCAAAACAUUUGGACUGUUUACACGUAGAUGUACGCCAGUGAGCAGGCUAAGAGAUCAGGCCCCGAAGGACAGGAUCGAUUGCAGGAUGAAAGGGCGUCUGCUGUUACUUUAAAGGGACAGUUCACCCUAAAAUCGAAAAUACAUAUUUUUCCUCUUACUUGUAGUGUUGUUUAUCAGUCUAGAUUGUUUUGGCGUGACUUGCCAAGUGUUGUAGAUAUCAGCUGCAGAGAUGUGUGCCGUCUCUUCAGUAUAAUGGAACUAGAUGGCGCUCGGCUUGUGGUGCUCAAACCACCCAAAAUGCAUUUGAAAACUCAACAGCAAUGUGUCUUACCAGAAAAAUCAUGACCUGGUUGCAGCUCAGCCGAGGAGGAUGCCAUUACUGUUUACACCUUGCACCGUCACGAGCACCACCUCUCAGCUAUGAGUAGAGGCACCCUGUCUUCUGCGUGAUGAUACAGAUGGCAGAUGUAGGUCGUGUAGUUCAUGAAACUGCUCACAUCAAGGUCUGUGGAUUAUCUUGAGUAAAUGGGUCAUGAUAUUUGGAAAAAAACAUUGUGUCUCAUGCAGCAACAUUCUCUAAAAUUUCUCUUAAUUUUCUGUUAAGAGUUAAAAUAAGAGAGGUCAGCUCCAGAUGCACGAAAGGUUCUUAACCAUCCCAAAUCUGCUCUUAACCAGGUGUGCUUAAUGAUGAAUCCUUCUUAAUCAUAAGUCAUGUAUUAGCAUAUGUAAUGCUCCCUAAACAGUAUGUAAGGGCAGUUAAACAGACUUAAAGUAAUUGUGAUUGUGUCAGUACUGGUGUGACAGAAACAUUUGCCAUGACAGUAGCAGUAGUGGAGGACGUAUUUAGACCCUUCACUUAAGUAAAAGUACUAAUACCACACUGUGAAAACACUGUUACUAGUAAAAGUCCUGCAUAGAAAAUGUACGCAAGUCUAUGCAAGUAAAAGUAUGUCAGUACAAUCCAGAAACUGUAUUUAUGUAUCAAAAGUAAAAGUACUUGAUGCAGGAAAAUUAAAAUCAAUUUAAUAUCAAUUUAAUAAAUAAGAAUAAUUAAACAAAUUAAAAGGAAAAGCAGCAAGUCCUCAUAUUUUAAAAAGCUGGAACCAGCAUUUUUUCAUACUGACGAAUUGUUGCACUUGUAUUUUUUUUCUUAUGGUUUGUGUGCAAAUAUCUGAAUUUAUGUAGUGGAGUUAAAACAGUAUUUCCUGUUGAAGUGUAGCGGAGUAGAAGUAGAAAGCGGCAUGAGAUUAAAAUAAAAUUACGUCAGAUAUGUACUUUAGUACAGUACUUAAAUUACAUUUCACCACUGCUCAGCAGAGGGACGCACAGUAACUGAAGUUACAGUAAAUACAAUUAAUGGACCAACUAUAGUAGGAUUUGUUAAGACCACAAAUUUAAUAAUCCAAUCAUUAUAAUGACUCUAAAACAUAAUCUUGUGCAUAUUUAAAUGUCCCCUAAUUUAAAACGUAUGUGUCCUCGUGUUGAGUGACAAUAUGUGGACUGUUCAAACAAGAUGUUUACUCUAAUCUUGGUAAGAGUGAUCUUGCCCGCUUGUAAAAUUUUCUCUUACAUAAGAGAAGAGCAAAACUAAGAAAACACUGAUGAACCCCAGAACUCAAUAGUUACAAACAAAAUAAGAGAAAAUUUGUUCCUAUCUUGUUUCUUGCAUGAGGCCCAUUGCUGUUGAGUUUUUCAAAUGUAUUUUUAUUUUUUUUUGGCACUCUGAUCACAACAAGCUGAGUGUGAUCUAGUUUCAUUAUUUUUGAGAGAGCAGACAUCUCUGUGGCCGAUAUCUCCAAAACUCAACUCGACCCAAAACACUGUAGACUGAUAAAUAGCACUACAGGUAAAAGGAAAAUAUGUAUUUUUAAUUUAGGGGUGAGCUGUCCUUUAACAUGGAAUCAGAUUUAGGAUCAAUCAGUCGCUUGAUGCUCAGUUAGUGUAUUUAUUCUUCCUCAUAAGUGCAAGUUAUCAUUUAAUUUCCUGUGGUAUUACUUCAUACAAAUCCUUACCUCUAUGAGAUGAGCAAUAACUUGUAAAAUGUCUUACAUGAAAAUACACACAUGCAGCUAUUACUUUGUCCCAAAGCCAGUGAGGGCUUGAGAAUACAUGGAAGUACUCCUUUUAUCAUUUAUGCUGUGAAAUCAAAAUGUACAACCAGCUCAUCUCUUCAGGUUCACGAUGGUGCUCAGUGGCUUUGACUAAUCAGCAGUCUGUUUAGUAGUUUAGAGCAAGCACGAAAAAGAGGAAGAACUGGAAGGUGGUUAUUUAUUUCUUUAACAAACAGCAGCGGACUGCACCUUUUUAAUUGUAUGCCUUGCUAAAGGGGACAGUCAUUCCUGCAUCUCUGUAUGAUAAAGGGGGUAAAAGAUGAAGUCAGUCUUUGGGGGUUUUUCCUUUGAGGGAGCAAUUAAAACUCGCACUGUCUCACUUUUUGUGUUAAAAUCACACCAAGCUGCUUUAUGUCAUUUUACGCUAAAAUAUCUCCUCUUUCCCCGCAAUAAUUUACAUGUGCUGCAGCCUAUUUUCUCAAUAGUGUGUUACACAUUUUGAGACUCUGUUGAGGUGUGGCGAGAGGGUCAAGACUCAGGACACAUGUACCAGCUUUCAACUUCCUCUUUCUGACUGCAGUGUAGUCAACGUGAAAAGUGCCUCAGAUGCACUCAGACGCUGUGAGUAAUCCAACAAAGCCUUGGUACGUCGAGAUAAGACAGUGGUGCAUGAGGUGUGACUAAGCUUGUAGCAUUCAUGCAUACCGUGCGCCAAAGACACUUCUUGGUCAUAAUGUGUGUGUGUGUGUGUGUUUAUCACCAAAGAUAUGCAUAUGUGACACGCCAACUGCCGCCCCACUCGUGCGUACUUCCUUACCUGAUAUUUCUGGGUCAAAAAUAUAGGCAAGAAAUGGGUUACUUUCACUUGGCAUCUGCACACUCUUUAUAACAAGCAGUGUUUUUUAUCUUUUACUGGCACCCUGCAACUUUUGUAUUAACUUUUUAUAUGUUUUCUGCAUGUUUGUGGAUAUUUGUAAUAAAAUUGUACAUACUUU